AUGGCGAGCAACCGUUUCAAUGCCCUGCACCCCGCUUCCAGGCUCGGGGUGGAGGGUCAGAGUGUCGCCGCGGGUCGAGCACCGCCGCCGACCUCUGUGCCCGUCACCGCCGCUCCCGCCGCCCGUCAGCAGCAGCAGCAGCAGCAGGAUCAGGAGUCGGGAAAAUCCCGCGCCCAGCCGAGGAAGCGAAAGGGCCACCGCGGCGGCAAAAAGAAGCGCUCGCGCAGAAAGAGCUUCGCUGCCCUCGCCGAGGACAGCCACGAUGAGAUGCAGGAGGCCUCGGGCGAGGGCUUCUACAAGAUGCCCACCGGCAACCUGAGCGGCACGAGCAUCGACAGCGAGGCCCUUCUGGACCACAGAGAGCACAAGCCCAUGCGGCUCCGACGGCCCUCGACCGUCGCCGCCACGAGCCCCUUCCACAACCCCUUCUCGACCCCGGGAGCCAGCCGCCUGCGGUCCAUACACACCCCAAACAGCGGCGACGGCGAGAGGGCUGACGAGACGAAUCCCUGGGACGAGACGGCCCCGCUGCUGUCCGACUCGGCGAGGUAUCGAGCCUCGCCAACCGGUCCCUCGAGCUACGGAGCCGCGAGCCGCAACCGAAGCCGCAGGUCUUCCAGCAGAUCCUCGCGGACCAAGUUGACGGCCAACUUGACCGUCAAGGACGGGUACGAUGUCAAUCACCCGCCCUCGGUCCCUGGAUCACCAGCAUUUGGGGGCGUUGACCGCCCCGAGCUGGCCUUUGGGGACGUCAUGAUCCGAGACGAGAUAUCGCUGGACGGCAGCCCCCAUGGCUCCCUCGACGCGGAGGAGGCCAUGUCGGAAGCCGACGGCACCGUGCGCGAUCACCGCGCCGACCUCGCCCGGCGCAUGACCGAGGCGGCCGGCGAUGUCUGCUUCCCCGCCCCCGACAUGUCUGAACUCGGCGACGAGGAUGCCCAUUCUCGGGAUGUCGCCGCCCACCAGUACCGAGGACGUCGGCGCCGGGCUCAGUGGCCGGAUCUGUCCGUGUUGGAGGAAUGGCGUCACUUUGAAAAGGAAGACAGAAGUGAGGAGGUACGCGUGAAGAAGAUUACGGAACCCCAGCUGAUCAACGGCCGACUGCGUCCGGUGAGGAAAGGGUGGUUCCAGGCGGACGAAGAGGCGCCCUACCGGUUCACCUACUUCAACGAAGAAUUCCAAAGCACCAUCCACAGCCAAACCAUCUCAGAGCUGGUCCAACCUGGCGGAGGCUUCCGAGAACUCUUCAUUCCCGAUCCACGCAUCUUGUCAGACAGCGAGAGCGACGACGAUGACGACGAUGAGCCGUCGACGGGCCUACGACCACAGAACUCAAACGGCGGUGACUACGACUCGAGGCUCUCAACCCGACAGCCGUCGCUCGCCGAGUCCCGUCGCGAUGGGGCAAUGUCACCAGGUCAUGACCCUUCAGCGGUAUCGGGCCGUGCGACGCCCAUCGCCAUCAAAUCCCCCGAGGUCACCCAGAAAGAGACACAAGCAACACCGCACGAGACGACGUCGACGCCGCGGCCCGUGAGGUAUGGCGACAGGCCAGUGUGGUGGCUUGACGUGCUUUGUCCAACAGAGGCUGAGAUGAAGGUCAUUUCCAAGGCGUUCGGCAUCCACCCACUGACCGCCGAAGAUAUCAUGCUCCAAGAGGCGCGCGAGAAGGUGGAGCUGUUUCGCCACUACUACUUCGUCAACUACCGGACGUUCGAGCAGGACAUCAACAGUGAAAACCAUCUCGAGCCCGUCAACAUGUACGUCGUCGUCUUCCGCGAAGGCGUGCUCAGCUUCCACUUCUCCAUGACACCUCACCCGGCCAACGUCCGUCGACGCAUUCGCCAGCUACGGGACUACCUCAUUCUGUCUUCCGACUGGAUCUCGUACGCCAUCAUCGACGACAUUACAGACGUGUUCCAGCCCCUGAUUCAAAACAUUGAAGACGAGGUCGACGAAAUAGACGACAAGAUCCUCGAAUUCCACUCUUCGACGGACAAGCGGCUCAAGGGCGAAAAGCCAAGCAAGAAUGACGACUCAAACACUUUUGUCGACUCGAGCGACAUGCUGCGACGCGUCGGUGACUGCAGGAAGCGAGUCAUGAGCCUCUACCGACUGCUCGGCAACAAGGCGGACGUCAUCAAGGGGUUCGCCAAGCGAUGCAACGAGCGGUGGGAAGUCGCGCCAAGGUCUGAGAUAGGCCUCUAUCUCGGCGAUAUCCAGGACCACAUCAUCACCAUGACCUCCAACUUGGGCCAUUACGAGAAAAUACUGGCUCGCUCCCACGGCAACUAUCUAGCCCAGAUCAACAUUCGCAUGAACGAACGAGCAGAGCAGACCAACGACGUGCUCGGCAAACUGACCGUCUUGGGUACCAUCGUCCUGCCCAUGAACAUCAUCACAGGUCUGUGGGGCAUGAACGUCUGGGUGCCCGGCCAAGAGUACGAGGGUGACCUGCAGUGGUUCUUCUGGAUCACGGCCGGACUCCUUUUCUUUGGCCUGGCGUGCUUCAUGAUUGCCAAGCGCGUGUAUGGUAUUGUAUAA